AUGCCCCGGAGGAAGGCGGCGGGGCCGCCCUGGGACGCGGGCCCGGGCCCGGGGGCGGCAGCGGGGCGGCGGCGGCCCCGGCGCGGCGGCGGCGGCGGCGGGAGCAGCGGCGGCAGCAGCGAGGACGAGGCGCCCCGCGAGCGGCGGGCGCGGCCCGGCAGCCCCGGCAGCCCCGGCGGGAGGCGGCCCGGCAGGCCCGGCGCGGCGGGCGGCGGAGCGGCCCGGGGACAGAGCGUCGUCAUCUGCGAGCCCGAGCACAGCAAGGAGCGCAUCAAACUCGAGGGCGCCAAGUGCCGGGGGCAGCUCCUCAUCUUCGGGGCCACCAACUGGGACUUGAUCGGCCGCAAAGAAGUGCCUAAGCAGCAAGUUGCCUAUCGAAAUCUGGGCCAGAACUUGUGGGGGCCGCACAGGUACGGGUGUCUCUCAGGUAUUCAGGUGCGGAGCGUGGUUUCGGGACCCUGCGCCGCUCACAGCCUGCUCAUCACCACCGAGGGCAAGCUCUGGAGCUGGGGUCGCAAUGAAAAAGGGCAGCUGGGACACGGGGACACGAAGCGAGUGGAAGCGCCGAAGCUCAUCGAGGUGCUGGGGGGCGAAGCCAUCGUGCUGGCAGCCUGUGGCCGUAAUCACACCCUGGCCCUUACAGAGAGUGGCUCGGUGUUCGCCUUUGGGGAGAAUAAAAUGGGGCAGCUGGGGCUGGGGAACCAGACGGAUGCCGUGCCCAGCCCCACGCAGAUCAUGUACAAUGGGCAGCCCAUCACCAAGCUGGCCUGCGGGGCUGAAUUCAGCAUGAUCAUGGAUUGCAAAGGAAACCUCUACUCCUUUGGGUGCCCCGAGUACGGGCAGCUGGGGCAUAAUUCCGAUGGGAAAUUCAUCGCCCGGGCGCAGCGGAUAGAGUACGACUGCGAGCUGGUGCCGCGCCGCGUGGCCAUCUUCAUCGAGAAGACCAAAGAUGGGCAGAUCCUGCCUGUCCCCAACGUGGUGGUGCGGGACGUGGCGUGCGGGGCCAACCACACGCUCGUCCUGGACUCGCAGAAGCGCGUUUUCUCCUGGGGGUUUGGGGGCUACGGGCGGCUGGGCCAUGCCGAGCAGAAGGACGAGAUGGUGCCUCGGCUGGUGAAGCUCUUCGACUUCCCGGGGCGCGGGGCGGCGCAGAUUUACGCCGGCUACACGUGCUCCUUUGCCGUCAGCGAGACAGGCGGCUUGUUUUUUUGGGGUGCCACCAACACCUCCCGGGAGUCCACCAUGUACCCCAAAGCCGUGCAGGACCUCUGCGGCUGGAAAAUCCGCAGCCUGGCCUGUGGGAAGAGCAGCAUCAUCGUGGCGGCGGACGAGAGCACCAUCAGCUGGGGUCCCUCGCCUACCUUCGGGGAACUGGGCUACGGGGACCACAAACCCAAAUCCUCGACGGCUGCCCAAGAGGUGAAGACCCUGGAUGGGAUCUACACGGAGCAGGUGGCCAUGGGCUAUGCCCACUCGCUGGUCAUCGCCCGCGACGAGACCGACGCUGAGAAAGAGAAGCUCCGCAAGUUGCCCGAGUACAACCCCCGCACCAUCUGAGGGGCUCCCCCGUUCGCCGGGACCCCCCCCCCAAACCCCGCUUUUCCAAGCCAGCCGCGGUUUUAACUACCUGUUCUCCCAUUUCCAAAGCCUUGGGGUUUUUUUUUUUAUUUCACACUCCCUUUCCCCCCAUGGCUUGUUGAGUUCCCGACCGUAGCAGGAUCUUUUGGCACAUCCAGGCUUAAUUUUGGGGGGUUAUGAUUUGAAUUAUUUUGACUUUAUUUGUAUUUUUCUGCAUUGCUUUUUAUUAUUUCCCCUUUUCCCAGCCGCAAACAUCCCUGGCUGCAGGCUUGGGGUGAAACUGGGGACCUGAAGAGCAGCUGCAAAACAUCUCUUUUUCCUCAAUAUUCCAAUUUUUUGGCAUUUUUCCCAAAUACCCCCCACUUUGGGUGCUAUAAUUUUGGGGGUCCCCCUGCCCCCCAGCAUCCCUUUUCCCAGAGGGAUUCAGGAUACGGAUGUCAUCCCACAUCCCCAAGGGCCAAACCCAUCCCCAGCAUCAUUUUGGGGCUCCCCUCGCCGCUAUCGCAGCCCUCGCCCACCCCAGGGAGAUCUCAGGUAUGAAGAGGGGAGCCCUAAAGCAUCGCGUAAGCUUUUUCUUGGAAUUAUUCUUGAUUUGUUUUUAAUUAUUAUUAAUUAUUUCUGCCUGGUUAUCAGCCCAAAGUCCCUCCUACAACGGUGUGCACUGUGCUGGAGAAACGAGGUGCCUUUAUCGAGCAGAGCCCAGCUCUGCCUUCACGCAACCCAAGGGUGAUUUUUUUUAUUUUUCUUUCAAAAUUUUUAGGGUUUGUUUUGAAAUACUGAUUUUUUUAAGUCCUUUCUGCUCUCCCUGACGGGUCGCGCUGGGUGCUCGGGGGCGGUGGUUGCCGCAUUCGCGCCCGUUUGGGUUGUUUCGCAGUAAAAAAAAAGGGUGGGUUGGGUUUUUUUUCUUAAUUUGCUUGGGGUUGGGGGUUAUUUUGGGGUUUUUUUGGGGUGUGUUAGAGAGAAAAUAUCCAGGACAGGGAGAGCAGCUGGGUGGAAAAGUAAAAUAUUCCGCUUUUUUAGCAAUAUUAGGGUUUUUUGGAGUUGCAGCACAAGCAGAUGCCGCAGCCUCAGUAAAAGAUGGGGUGGAAAAAUCACCAAACCCCCACUUUUACACACACACACACACCCCGAAAAGCAUCAUUUCGGUUCAUCCUGCCUUCCAGCAAAAUAAUUUUAGCCUGAUUAAACUUCUCCCCCAUCGGCCACCCUGUCCCGGCCACGGGCGAGCAAAGGAGGAGGCUCGAGAAAGAAAAUAAUCCUAAACCAUGAGGAUCUGGGAACAGCUCGUCCUUUAGCAGAGGGUCCUGGGUUAGUGCUGUAAUUGUCUUCUUCAUGUUUGGUUUUGUUUUUUUUUUUUUUAUAUUUCUUGGAGUAAAUGUUUAAAUAAAUGACGUCAUUGUGUA